UUCCACUGUUUUCUUCCGGAACAAAAAUGGCUUCUCUUGACAGGGUGAAAGUACUAGUUUUAGGGGAUUCUGGGGUGGGCAAAUCUUCCUUGGUCCAUCUGCUAUGUCAGAAUCAGGUGUUAGGAAAUCCAUCAUGGACCGUUGGUUGCUCUGUGGAUGUACGGGUCCAAGACUAUAAGGAGGGAACCCCGGAGGAGAAAACCUACUACAUUGAACUCUGGGAUGUCGGAGGAUCCAUUGGCAGUGCCAGCAGUGUCAAAAGCACCAGAGCCGUCUUCUACAAUUCUGUUAACGGAAUUAUGUUGGUACACGAUUUAACAAAUAAGAAAUCCUCUCAGAAUCUUUACCGCUGGUCACUAGAAGCUUUGAACAAGGACUCUUCUCCAACAGGAGUUAUUGUCUCAAACGGUGACUAUGAUAGAGAGCAGUUUGCUGAGAACCCAGUGCCUUUGCUGCUGAUUGGCACGAAGUUUGACCAGAUCCCAGAGAACAAACGCAAUGAAGUCCUCACUAGGACGGCCUUCCUGUCUGAAGACUUCAAUGCGGAGGAGAUCAAUCUCGACUGCACCAACCCGAGGUAUCUUGCUGCAGGCACGUCAAAUGCAGUGAAACUUAGCAGGUUCUUUGACAAGGUUAUAGAGAAGAGAUAUUUCACAAGAGAUCCAAGUCAGAUGACAGGUUUCACGGACAGAAAACGGUUCAACUUCAAAAGUUUGCACUAUGAAUGACAACAGUGGUCUGUGGUUUUGACCAUGAUGCCUUUGGGCUUUUGCACCACGAGUAAGGUCACACUCAUUUACGUACUUUCUAUACCUGCACCCCCUGCUCCUCCGCCCACUGUUUUUUUUUCUUUUUCUUUUUUUCUUCUUUAUGCAAAACCCUCUGAACACUUUUUCAUCUGAUUGUAAUUAACUCUAGAAUAAUAAAGAUACGUUUGUAAAUAGUUGCACAGAAAUUUUGCAAAAGGGAGUCAAGCACACUUUAGAAAUGAAGAGACAUGCUUCAGGAAGAUGAUGUGAAAGGACAUGCUAUACAUAUAAAGUGUUUAGUUUUUAAUUCCAGACCUUUUCAAUACAAUCUGCAAAACAGUCACAUACAUGUACUAGCUACAUGAAUUAUUUUUUUUAAACUAAGACUUUUAAUUAUCUUUAAAUGUUUGCUUUCUUAAGAAAAGUUAUGUAAUAAGCAAAUGAAGAAACGCUGAUAUUCUGGGCUUCUGAAUAGUGGCUCAUGCAACAUUCCCCUAUCCCUGCAUCAUUUUCUUAAUCCAGGGGAUAAAGAAAUUAACUUUAGUGAAGACAUGAGGAUACUUGGGAUUAUCACACUCAUUUCCGAUGGUGAAAGCUGUUAUACCCUGAGGCUUCUUGUUGCAGAUAACCGGUCCGCCCGAAUCACCCUGCAACAAAGGCAAUAGAAAGACUUGGUUGAGUCGUCCAUAAAAAAAAGAAUUACACUUGUUUUUCAUGAAUAAAGGAAAGCAGUUUUCUCCA